AUGAGCCCACAAGGCCCCACCACGCCCUGCGAGAAUGCCGAUUGCUCAUACAAACCGAGGAUGGGACACUUUGUUCUCCCGGAUUGCACGAAAGCGCCCUCUUCGUCGCUAGUUCUUACGGGCAGCCCAUCGGUACUGGCCUCGUCGUCGCUGGCUCCUACCCAGCAACCCACCUACCAUGCCUGUCAAGCCAUGUCAUGUGUGGGCAAUGAAACAACAGAACAACGCACCAUGGCAAAUGCAACGGAUGCAUCGAGCGGCGCUAUUGCGUUGCUUCGCCUGUCCGUCCAGACCUUGAUGAUGAUGGCCCCCAUCGCCGGCUGGCUGCGACUGUUCUUGUGGUAUGCUCGAGGUUCCGAAGAUCGGGACAAGCGCGAUAAGACAUGUUAA